AUGAUCUCUGGCCCAUACGCUCCUUUACAAUCAAACCAGCUUGACGAGCCAAACGAGCCAGUCAUGGACCCCCUUAAUCCCGACAAGAGCAUUGUGUGCUUUCUCCGCUGUUGCAAGGGUGAGCGGUUCAUGUGCCUAAACCUAGUCAGAGCCAAUGUGUUCCUCUGGUUUCUUUGGGUCAUCGUCACGGGGUUUUGUUUCAUGCAGCGGCUCUCGGUAGGCCCGCUGGUUGUCACAGUUGUGGCGGCGGUAUCGGGUGUCGCCUUAGCUAGUCAUCUUGUGUACGCCGCCUGGGGGCCCCGGAAGCGCAACUAUAGCGCGAAUCUGAGCAGCACCUACUUGACAUUGCUCUGCACGACGAUAGGUUUGCCUUUUCUGUACUGGGCGUUCUGGCAUCCUGAUAUGACUCGGGAUGUGGUGGUUUUCAGCCAGGAUAGCGUAGACCAAGUCUAUUUUCCCUCUCUCACCCUCUUCCAAAGAUCCGACUGGACCUCGCAGGCCCGCCUCGGCACGGUCGUGAAACCCAAGUGCUUCGUCGGCUGGCACCAGGAAGCGCCUGGCACGCCUGACUGCAGCGAGGUGGGAAUUGACGAUAUGGGUACGCAAGCGUGUAGGUGCGAGGGGAGUUGGGCCGAGGAAGUCGUCGAUUUCACCUGGUACAACACAAGUUACCGAGCCUUAAACUUCAACUCGACUGCGGCGCUGGCUAGCAAGACGCCGACGACGCAGAUGAUUGUGCAGGCUUUCUUCGACUUCAACACUCAAAAGGCCCGUGAAGACUCGUCCCACGUCUUGUCUCCCAGUCUCUGGGUCGCCAUCUACGAUCCAACCCUGACGCUCGAGCAGGCGUUGGAGGAUAACUACACGCGCAUGACACUCAUUAACGCCAACGGCCUUACGGCGAUAAACCUCGGGCUCCACUCCCGCCAACAAUUCGACAAGACCCCCGCCCUUGACUACCAGCUGUCUAUUUCCACGAUUCCGGCUACGGACCUGCCUUGCGAUACCUCGUCCGGGGAGGCGGCUCAGCAAUGCUUCAUCAGUUUGUUCAUCCAGUUCCCCACGUUUGAGAGACGAAUUUCGGUCCAAGAUAAGGCGAUGAAUUUGGAGACCGCCGUUGCAUUAAUAAGCCGAUUGCGACGAGACAGUUCCGUGCUGCAACAGAUGCUUCCGCCGCCGCGAGACCUGCUCCUUCAUGGAGCAAUUCGGACCCCCACCUCUCGUCGGAGUAGCCCCGGCAGCCAGCAUCACUCCGUCGGCUACGGCUCGGGCUACGUCACCCCGUCCACGCCCGCCCCCACCCAGUCCCUCGCCGCGCAGGCUGUGGACCUGGAGCUGACGCACUUUUACCUCACCCAUACGUACAAGACGCUCUGGGGCCGGCCUGAAGUGCAUCCCAUCUGGCGCGACGUCGUCUUCUUCGACGCUAUCCGCCACCCCUUUUUACUCAACGGCCUCUUGGCUGUGGCUGCGAUGCACAAAAUCAUCACCUGCGGCGAUCCGGACGGGACGUACGCCUCAGCUGCCCUGCGCAAGCAGACGGCGGCGCUGGAAGGCUUCGUGCCCUUGCUGCACGACAUGACGCCCGAGGCUGCCGAGGUAGCUUUUCCCAUGUCUAUUCUCGUAUCCUAUUGGGCUUUUGCGUCUAGGAACCUACCUCCGGAGUUGAGCAUCCUCUCGGCGACCGAGGAUCUGCUCCCAACGGCCUUUGCAGACCAGCACACCAAUUCCUCUACUGCCAGUCCCGCCGCGACGCCCACGGCCGCGCCGGAGUCCGUCCUCACUCAGUUCCUCGAACUCGCGCGGAGAGUACGCCCCACCCACGCCGUGCACAGCUCCGCGCGGGAGACGCUCCUCCGGAGCAAGCUCAGCCCGCUCAUGAAGGUGCCGGACCCCAGCGAGCUCCCCGAGCUCGACGAGGACACGCGGCGGGCCCUGGCGCGACUGCACGAGCGGGUCGACCCCUUGCUGGGCCCCAUCUGGGACGCGGGGGCCAAGCCCGAGUUCCUCGCCCUGGACAACCUGUACCGCGGGUUCCUAGAGGAGCUGCGGGCGCGGAACCAGGCUGCGCUCACGGUGCUGGCGUACUGGGCCGUGGCGCUGCAUAGCUUGGACGAUCGGUGGUGGGCCAAGGGCUGGGCGACGCCGUUGAUCGAGGAGGUGACGUGGAUUGUGCAGGGCCCGUGGCGGGAGCUGGUCAUGUGGCCGAGGCGGCGGGUGGGGUUGGACUCGGAUUUGGGACUCCAUCGCCCGCCGUAG